GUCUUGUCGAAAGUAAAGUACGAUAAUUUUACACUUGGUGUAUAAACAACACAGACUGGUCAUUUUAAUAAAAUUUUCUAUAACAGCCAAGAAAAAAUGGUUGAAUAUUUAUUUAAUAAAAGUAUAUUAAAAGAUUUAGACUAUACAAACUGUGAAGUGACCAUAAAGCAUAGUAUUUCAUUUGCCAAUCCGGGCACUGGUUUAAGUAUGCGACCUUUAUGUAGAUCUGACCAUGCUAAAGGAUAUAUGGAUCUGCUUUCACAGUUAACACAAGUUGGGAAUACUUCUGAAGGUAUGUUCAUUCAACGCUUUGAUGAAAUGAAAGAUUGUAAGAACUCCUAUUAUGUUGUGGUUAUUGAAGAUGAGCAAGCAGGUAGAAUUGCUGCUUCUGGUACUCUCACAGUAGAACAGCAAUUAAAUCCUUCUUUGGAUAUAAAGUCUAGAGGCAGGAUAGAAGAUAUAGUUGUGUUAAACACCCAUCGGGGAAAAUAUCUUGGAAAAUUAUUGUUGGAGACACUUGCGUUAAUUGCGAAAUAUGUUGAUUGUGAUGAUUUAAGCCUUGAAUGUAAAGAUCCAUUAGUACGUUUUUAUCAGCAGUUUGGGUUUAUAGUGCAAGAUGAGCAAGUUUAUAUGGGUAAUAGAUAUCUGCAUUAAAUAAGUUUAAGUACUUAAUACUACAAGAUUGUGAUUUCAUAUUUGUUUAGAAAACUUCGGCAAAUAUAUUAUUUAAUAUAUUAUAAUUGUAUGUAUUUAUAGUUGAUUUCUUGGAGUUUUUAAGAGUUAGUCAUACUGGUGUUCCACUUGUGGAUUGCUAGAAUUAUUAUUUUUGUGUGUACAAACCAUUUGUAUCCAUACACCCUAGUUUAGAUUUCUGAUAGCCAUGAGCCUAAUUUUUUAAAAUUGCUGCUAUAUUGGAACAUUUCCUAACUCUUUGUUCUAUCAGCAAAAUCUUAAAGAGCUACAAGGCGUUAUUAAGGUCUAUGUUUCUGUAGUUCAUAGGCUGACCCAUCAGUUCUUUUUGCACCAGACACUUGCUUUCUCUUUCAAUUUCAUAAUAACAACACCAGUCUUAAAGGUUUUUUAUGUGCGGGAGAUUGAUUAAAAUUAUUAUAUUGCAGAAAAAAGACAUUGUUUUUUGUAAUUAAAUUAUAAAAAUGUUUAUUUUUGCUUUUUUUAUCAAAAUAUACUUAGUCUUUGUAUUAGAAUGACUAUUUUUGACGAAAAAAUAUAUGUGUACAUUCAUGCCUAUGAAUGUGGGACUUAGCAUAUGUCAGAUAUGGCAAUAUUAUAUAUUACUGUUUUCCUUUUGAAAACAACAUAUAAGAGUUGGAUACGAUAAUUUUACUUGGUUGUAUUUUAUACAUAGUUUUAUUUUAUGGAAUAAUUUUUAGCCAGUUGUGACAAAAUUAAUCUUUGCAUGGAGUUAGUAUAUGUUAUUAUAUUAGACAAUAUUUUAUGUAUUACGAACAAAUUAAAUUUAUAUUUGAAGUUUUCUCUAAGCCUUUGAAAUCUUCCUAAACCUUAGAAACCUUUUUUAUGCAUUAACUAAUACAUGUUUUAAAUGUAUUAACUGAAUCUCAAAACACAAAACAUGUUUCCCAUUAUGACACAGCCUGUUACCAUUUUAGUUAGAUUUGUUUAUUUAUUUGCAAUUCAAAUCAUAAUGGUAGUAUUAUAUUAGUAAAUAUUAUCGUGCACUUUUUUGUAUGUUGAUUCACAUAUAUAUAAUAUGAAAUUUUAUGUAA